GUAAGACUAGUCAGAAAAAUGGGCCUUCCACAUGGUUGUAAAGAGAUCCACACUAGACAAGUUAUAUAAGCAGUAGCAAGAAGACGAAAGAGCAUAAUGAAAAAUGGAAGCUUCAAGAGAGCAAACCCAUUUUGUUCUAGUGCAUGGGGCAUGCCAUGGGGCUUGGUGCUGGCACAAGCUCAAACCACUGCUCGAGUCCGCCGGCCACCGGGUCACGGCGCUUGAUCUUGAGGCUUCAGGCAUCAACAUGAAGGCAAUCCAAGAUGUUCAUACUCUUCAUGACUACACUCAACCUUUGCUGGAUCUUCUGGCUUCACUCCCUCCAAAUCAAAAGGUGGUGCUUGUUGGGCAUAGCCUCGGAGGCUUGAAUUUGGCCCUUGCAACCGACAAGUACCCGGAGAAGGUAGCCGUUGGUGUUUUCGUCACCGCCUUUAUGCCAGAUACCACACACAAGCCAUCAUAUGUCUUGGAUCAGUAUGUUGAGAGAACCCCAGCAGACAACUGGUUGGACACACAGUUUUCAUCCUAUGGAAAAGUCAACCAACCUUUAACGUCAAUGUUUUUUGGCCCCAACUUCCUGUCCUUCAAGCUCUAUCAACUAAGCCCCAUUGAGGAUUUUGAGCUGGCCAAGACUUUAGUAAGGCCAGGAUCAUUGUUUCGUGAGGACUUGUCCGAGGCCAAGAAUUUCUCAAAUGAGGGAUAUGGGUCGGUGUUGCGAGUUUAUGUUGUGUGUGAUGAGGAUUUAGGAAUAAGCAAGGAAUUUCAAACAUGGAUGAUUGAAAACAGUGGUGCUAAAGACGUGAUGGAGAUUAAGGGUGCUGAUCAUAUGGCAAUGCUUUCAAAACCACAGGAACUUUGCGACCGUCUCCUCGAGAUCGCACGUAAAUACGCUUAGAAUUAUUUACAUGUUAUUAUCAACAACACUACUAGCGACCAAUAUGGGGAAAAAUAUCAUCUUUAUUUCAAAUCCCUUCCAUUUCUUUUAGUUAGUGCAUUGAGAAAUGUAAUGUUGUCCAAAAAUUUAAACCUCAAAAAAAUUUGGACAAUUUUGUCAUUCUAGAUGCAAUAACGAGAGGAAAUUGAGAAAAUUUGAAAUGGAGAAAAUCCUUUUCCGGCAUAGGGAGGGUUUGUUAUCUACUAAUAAAGACAUGAUGUGCGUUUAGUAUAAUGCGUUUAUUGUGAAGUGAGAAUGUCUUCAGGAUGAUUAUCCUUUCUAUUUUUAUUUCAAAUGAAAUGGAGGUGAAUUA